AUGGAUAAUAUUGGCGUUUCGUUUUUGGACCCUUUAGACGACUAUGAGAUAAUUGAUCGAAUCGGGAGUGGCACAUAUGGUGAUGUGUACAAGGCGAGAAAAAUUCGGACCUCUGAGAUGGCAGCUAUUAAAAUUGUGAAGCUUGAUCCUGGAGAUGACAUUACAUCUAUCCAACAGGAGAUUACCAUGAUGAAGGAAUGCAAACACAAGAAUAUUGUGGCCUAUUAUGGCAGCUACCACAGAAACACUAAGUUGUGGAUUUGUAUGGAAUAUUGUGGAGGAGGUUCAUUACAGGACAUCUAUACAGUUGCAGGCCCAUUAAAGGAGAAACAGAUUGCUUAUAUCUGCAGAGAAACACUACAGGGUCUAUUUCACCUCCACGAGACAGGCAAAAUACACAGAGACAUUAAGGGUGCCAACAUUCUUCUCACAGAACGAGGAGAUGUCAAACUAGCGGACUUUGGUGUUGCUGCAGAAAUCAGUGCAUCAGCUGCUAAGAGGAAGUCUUUUAUUGGAACGCCCUACUGGAUGGCACCAGAAGUGGCAGCAGUGGAGAGGAAGGGUGGAUAUAACCAUCUGUGUGACAUCUGGGCUCUGGGCAUUACUGCUAUUGAGUUGGCUGAGUUACAGCCGCCCUUGUUUGACUUACACCCCAUGAGAGCUUUGGUGUUGAUGUCUAAGAGCAGCUACCAGCCUCCCAGGCUUAAGGACAAGACCAAAUGGUCGGCAGGCUUCCACAGUUUUGUGAAGAUGUGUCUGAUUAAAAGCCCACGUAAAAGACCAACGGCCGAGACACUUUUACAGCAUCCAUUUGUGACCCAGUUAUUAACCAGAAACCUGGUGAUAGAGCUGCUGCACAAGGCCAGUAACCCUGAGCCACAUGCCACACCAACCGCAGACGAGACCGACCUUGACACAAACAGUUCCUCUCCUGAUAAGAUCCAUUCAGAGGGAUCACAUUUGCCUGUGGAGAGAAGUUUCUCUGAGGAGCAGUUUGGACAGAUGAGAUUUACUGCCCCUCGGAGGAAAGAGACAGACCCCUGUUCCAAUCCUGGGUCAUGUGAUGACUGGAGCUUAUCUGGCGAUGGAGUAGAGUCACCAACUCUACUAGAGUGUGUGGAAGAAGCACUCCAUGAGAGGAGCUUGACGAUAAAGAGACUGCCAUUUUCUGAGUGGGGCGUAAAUGGUGUGUUCAGGAAAAGCGGGAUGUUCAGCUCUCUGCCUUUGUGUACCACCUCCUCCCUACCUUCCAUGGGCAUGUUCACGCCAGAUCUGCCAUUGCGACCCAGUGCAACUCUCUGCCACGAUUUCACCCCUCAUCCUACCUCAGUUCUCUCCAGGUGUUCGGCUCGCCAGGAUGUGCGGCAGUGGUGCAGCAAGUCUGAAGUCCCUGGAGAAAAUGAGGGGCGACAGAGCAUGUCCCCUGAGUUCAUGACCCUGACCAAUGACACGACUCUGUCUCCAGAGUGGUGUACGAUGAGGAAGAAAACAGAGGACUUGAGAGCUGUCUCACAUGGACUGCCUCCUACACCCCAAGUUCAUAUGGGAGCCUGUUUCUCUAAAGUGUUCAAUGGCUGUCCCCUGAAAAUUCACUGUGCUGUUACUUGGGUUUUUCCUAAAACCAGAGACCAGUACCUUAUUCUAGGCGCAGAAGAGGGUGUCUACACUCUAAACCUCAAUGAGCUUCACGAGGAUACUUUGGAAAAGUUGCUGUCACAGAGGUGUACCUGGCUCUAUGUCAUGAAUAAUGUCUUAAUGUCCAUCUCUGGGAAGUCUUCCCAUCUUUAUUCCCAUAGCCUAACAGCUCUGUUUGAACAGCGUAAUCACACACAGAGGAAACUGAGCCACCUGUCCCUCAACAGCCAUCGCCUCAAAGAAAGAAUCAGCCACAGGAAGUGUGCAGUCACUGUAAAGAUCCCAGACUCUAAAGGCUGCCGGAGGUGCAGUGUUGCACGAAACCCAUACACAGACAGCACGUUCUUAUGUGCAGCCGUUCCAUCUGGACUCAUUGUGCUGCUGUGGUAUGAGCCACUCCAGAAGUUUAUGCAUCUCAAGCACAUUGCGGUGACUCUGCCAGAGUCACUGCCUAUCUUUGAACUGCUGGUUUUAGUGUCUGAGGAGCUUCCUCAGCUCUGCGUGGGUGUCAGGACAUGUGCCAUGAGAACUGAUGACCAUCCAAAUAAUCAGCGGGUGCAGUUUGACAUCAUCCAUCUCAAUGACAUGGCUAAUUCCUGUACCCUAGAUAGUGAUCCUGUUGGGGCAGUGCAAGUGACACAGCUUGACAGAGACUCUGUGCUCAUUGCACUGGAGAAGAGUGUGAAGAUUGUCAAUUUGCAAGGCCUGCCAAGCAAAGAACUGGCCUCUGAACUGGACUUUGACUUCCCUAUUGAGACUCUAGUCUGUUUACAGGAGAGUAUUCUGGCUUUCUGGAAACAUGGACUAAAAGGACGAAGUUUGUACACCUAUGAGGUAACUCAGGAAAUCACAGACCAAAGCCGUGUCUUCAGGGUUUUAGGAACAAACAGGGACAUUGUUCUUCAAAGCACUCCAACUGGAAACCCCUCUGCCUCAAGUAACCUGUACAUUCUCACCGGUCAUGAAUGCAGCUGCUGAGGCAGAAGAGCAGAGAGAGAUGGGAAAACAAACAGUGUAGAACAUGAGAGAGAUUGAAGAUAUGGGGUGUUACAAAUUAUACAAAUGUCCAAAGUCAUUCUUGGCAUCUGGACGAAAUGUCAUCUCCUCUGACAAGGUCAAAUAUGGAGACGAUGAUGCACUGACAUGGUGGAGCAUUGGUGCUGGCUGACCAUACUACUACUAGUUUCGUGUAUGUGUCUGUGUGCGUGUGUCUAUGUGCCUGUGUAUGUGAUAAAAUGGAGACAGUGGCAUAAGUGGAAUUUACCACUGUACAGAGGAGGGACCGAGACCUAAGUCAGUGCCAA